CGUAAAUUUCUUCAUCAGGCCUCUUCGAUCAAUCUCUCUCUUUCUGUGAUUUUUGUUCUCUCUCUAGCGCGAUCGUCAAUGGCGCCGAAGGCGGAGAAGAAGCCAGCGGAGAAGAAGCCGGCGGAGAAGCAGCCGAAGGCGGAGAAGAAGAUAGCGAAGGAGGGAGGGAGCGAGAAGAAGAAGAAGAAGGCGAAGAAGAGCACGGAGACGUACAAGAUCUACAUCUUCAAGGUGUUGAAGCAGGUUCAUCCUGACAUCGGGAUCUCGAGCAAGGCCAUGGGGAUCAUGAACAGCUUCAUCAACGAUAUCUUCGAGAAGCUCGCUCAGGAAUCGUCGCGUCUCGCAAGGUACAACAAGAAGCCCACCAUCACGUCCAGGGAGAUCCAGACCGCCGUGAGAUUGGUCUUGCCUGGAGAACUGGCCAAACACGCCGUAUCUGAAGGAACGAAGGCGGUGACCAAAUUCACGAGCUCUUAGGGUAUUUUUUAAAUCGUUGUUUGAAUGUCCUUGUUAAACGGUUUCUUAUGAGAUCCGUUCUUUUGGGGCAUUGGUUUGUGGGCAUGUCAAAUGAAUGAGUCGUAAGAAACUGAUGGUGGUUUGGCAUUUGUACUUGUUCAUCAUCUUGAUCACUUUGAUCUGAUAGAUGAAGAACCGGUCAGUUUGAUCGAGCAAUUUUUGAUUUGUCUCUUUUCGAAUGGAUAUUGUCAUCUCGGCAAUGGUGAUUUAUCUCUGACGGAAUGGAUGUAAUAUGAAAUUCAAAGGAAUUGCUUUCAGAGUC